AUGUCGCUUGCACCCCAUGAGGGUCCGGCACGAGUGCUCUACAAGUAUCAGCAGAUGUCGGGAACAGCGGGGCCAUGGCCUUCUCCUGGACGGGCUCACCGCCAAGUCAGCACACCCACACUCAGGCAGCAGAUUGACACCGAUGAUGUGGUGCAGUUUUUCGCGAGUACCUUCUAUACCACGGAGAAGGAGAACGCUGUCAUUCGGGUGGCGCGCGUUGGCGCGCUGUGCGGCAACUGCUCAGUCCAGUGGGAGACACGGGAGAACUCGGCAAUUGAUGGCAAGAAGUACCGUGGUGCAGCUGGUACCGUCGAGUUCGGGCCUGGCGAAUCAGUUCGGUCUUUCGAGGUGGAGCUCAUUGAUGAUGACAACUUCGAUUCCACUCUGGAUUUUCACGUUGUCUUGACUGGGAGCAGGAAUUGCGUCAUAGAUCCUGCUGGGGGCCGAAGUGUAGUGAUGAUCACGGACGAUGAUAUAUUUCCUUCGAACGCCUUUGGGGAGGAGAUCAAGCAUGAGAGCGAAGACGCCCUCUAUGUUGUGGGAUGGUCUUUGCUGUUCUCUUUCAUGCGAUUUUGCUUCAACCACGUUCCGGAGAUCCGAUGGAAGUCAUGCUUGUGCAUACUGCUGUCAAUGCUUGGAAAUGCCUAUUACUUGUCGACCAUCUUUCUCCGCGUUUAUUUGGUUGACACCGUGCUGGACAACAUUACGCCAGGCACUUCGGAAAGGCUUUGGUUUCCUGGAGAUCGGAACAGCACUUCUGUGGCUUUGGGUCUUGCCUGGAUUCUGCCCAAUUUCAUUUUGUUGGGCUCUGACUACUUUGAGAUGGCUGUGUUGGAGAUGGGAUUCAACAUCCGCUACCAUUUACGGGUAAACCUCUUUCGCAAGUACCUGAAUUACACCGAGAGCUCUCAUCACAAAGUGCCUUUACAGGACCUCAAGAUAAGCAUGAUGGAGGAUAUCCCUGAACUGGUGUCGCAGGGCUACCUCAUCAUCUUUGAGUUGUGGGCUAUGCUGGGCAAGAUUGCAUGCAUCGCGUUUUUCAUGCUUCGGAAGCAUCCGGAGAGCGCCAUCCCACUAUUCGUGUAUCCACUUCUGAUCUUUGUAUACUUGCAGUGCACGUACGCGAAGCGCCUGGAACUCAUGGCCAAAGAAGGCGAAGGCCAAAGCGACACGACGGGUGCCAUCAUGCAUUUGCAUACAGCGCAGCGGCUGGUCAACUACUAUGGGGCCAGAGGAUAUGUGGUUAGCUGCUUCGAACACAUCCUGAGGCACCAGCGCAGCCUCACUAUGGAACUGAAAUGCUUCGAGUUCUGGAACUCGCAGCUGAUCCCUUGGAUCACCCUGCUGGCCAUAGGCACCUACAUGGCACUGUCAUCGAGAGUGGUGCUCUCCGGGAACACUUCCCUGGGGUCUUUCCUGGCCACCAUCAAUGUGUACAAGGACCUGGGAGAUCGAUUCUCCACCAUCCUGCGUGGCUUUACAUCUCUAAGCAAAGCCAUCUCUCCGCUUUGCGGCCUAACCCUCCAGUACAGUUUCCCAACUGACGUGCCAGACCGUACAGAAGGCUUCCGGAGGCGAGAGGAGUUUGCACUUGACUGGUUGAAAGAACAUGCUUCGAGGCAAGCUUCGUUGGACGACAUCCCAAUUGUGUUUCAGGACGCGCAAGUGGCGUAUUCUCCAUGCAUGAAUGUUGCAAUUGGGGGCUUUUCGGCACAGGCACAGCAAGGAACAAUCAUCCAGAUUGCUGGACCCCACGACUCGGGCAAGAUGACCAUGUUGAGCCUGAUCUGUGAUGAGAUCUCGCCAUCCUCCGGCGCAGUGCUCGUGUCGCCUCACCUGCACCUACUGCAUGUACCUCACCUUCCGCUGUUCGCAGACAGCUUGUCAUUCUUCGAGAACCUGCAUAUGACUUGUCCGCACCACGAUGGGACAUUUGACCCCGAGCAGUUUUCACCAGAGAUGUACGUUCGAGGGGCCUUCAUGCUGAGAAAACUUCGUCUGGACAAAAGAUGGAUCAAGGACAUGUACGAUGCUGAAGCGCAAGCACUUCACAAAGCUGCAAGUGCCGGCCGAGAAGCUGCGUCGCCUAAUGGCUUGUGGUGUUGGGAUGGGGAAGCCGGUGAUGCAGACGAGGAUGAGGAAGAUGAUGAAGAUGAAGGAAUUCCUUGGAUAAGCAGGCUUAGCACCAGUGAGAAGUGGCGCUUCCAGCUGGCGCGCGCUCUCCUUCACAAUCCACACGUCCUGGCCAUACAUCGCCCCGUGCAAGAGCUGAACGGUGAAGUAAGACAGGUGGUCCUGUCAUGCCUUCAAGAGUUUGUGCAGAGGAGGGGCUUGGAUGUGGAAGGCGGCCUGGAUACAUCAAAGCGACGCCCUCGCACGGUGAUCUUCACAACUGGAAGCCACGAGCAUUUUGACAUCGCAGAUUACGUGUGGCAGGUGACGCCUGACCAGGGAGUUAUUGUCGAAAAGUGUCCCCCGCGCAGGCCAUGA